AUGGCAGAUACUCAAACACCGAGGCUGAGUGAACAGUCCACGACUACUCGCUUAGCUUCCUUCACUAACAGGAAUGCCCAGGACAUGGGAAAUACAGAAUCCUCAUCAAACGAUCACGGCAUCUACAGCAAUGCAUUCAGUCUCGGACACAAGCUUGCUGCAUCCUCCAAGGGCCUGAAUAAGAAGUGUGACAGAAGCAAGGUUUUCCGUUCUUCAGGCUUAUUUCAGAGUAGCUGUGCUGGGCCGUGUGUCGCCCGCACAACAGCGCCUAUCUGGGGAAUUCCAGCCUUAGGCCUCAGUCUCUCCGCAGCUGAGACUUGGAACUCUGUACCCGGGAGGCGCGCCCGCCGACUUGGGACCCGCCUCCAGGGUCCCAGAGCGACCCCGCCCGCCCGGGCCGUGUCCCUACCGCGGGGCGGCGGCGGCGGCUCCCAGGCAGGAGACUGCGAGCAGGUGGGGGCGGCGGCCCCGCCUCCGCGUCCCGGCAGCACCAGAGCUGGUGGCCGGGGAGCAAGCCGGGCGCACCGGCCGCAGCACCGAGCGCAGCUCGGCCGUAGCGGCGCCGCUUGGAGCACGGGCGCUGCGGGACGGAGCCCGGAGCCAGAGGCGGCGGCGGCGAAGACGUCGGCCGGAGCUCGAGUCCAGUCCAGCCCCCCGCUCCGCCACCUGCAGGGUCUUUCUCUGUUGCCCAAUCAAUUAGCCAUUAUUAUUUUUAUUAUGAUGAUGAUCUGA